AUGUGGUACCAAUUUACGCUUAACACAUUUUUAGUAGCGCUUCUCCUGAAUGCCGCCGUCGGAAGCAAAAAUGUUCGACAUGUGCCAAAAGAAAGCAAACUGCAAAGGCAAGUAUUUACAUUGAGAGAACUGAACAAUCAACCGAGCAAUGAUGAGACAGUAAUCCUCGAAGCGACGGACUUUGGAAGCUCACGUGAUUUGGGCGCCCUUUUGAUGCUAAAAACAACCACACCGCGGCCGUAUGAUGAUCACCAUCACCACCACCACCAUCACCAUCAUGAUAGGCCACCAGCGAGUAGACCACCAAAACCGCCACCACCACCACCUCCACAGUAUUAUACGGAUUGCGAACAUGAUGACUAUGCAGAUUGUUAUGAUGAAAAACCGCUUGUGCAGUAUAAGCCGCCUAUAGAGUAUAGGCCACCUGUGCAGAAUGGGCCACCUCUGCAGUACGGGCCGCCUGUGCAGUACCGGCCGCCUGUGCAAUACGGACCACCUGCGCAGUAUGGGCCGCCUGUGCAGUACGGGCCGCCUGUGCAAUACGGACCACCUGCGCAGUAUGGGCCGCCUGUGCAGUACGGGCCGCCUGUGCAAUACGGACCACCUGCGCAGUAUGGGCCGCCUGCGCAGUAUGGACCACCAGCACCUGCUCCAUAUCCAUCAUAUUAUGGACCCCAACAAUUUUACUACCCUCCACCUUUUUACUAUCCUUCACCGUUUUUCCCACCAUUUUCCCCAUUUUUCAAUCAAACAUUUUUCCCGGGUAAUUCCACCGGCAGAUUCCCAGGAGUCUUUCCAGGUAGAUCUUUGCAAGCGGAUAACGAUGAACUUGUAUAUCUUGACGAGGAACUGGAUUAA